UAUGGAAAUACCAGAGUUAGGUAUCGAUGCUUUUCCCGCAUAGUUGGACAACUGUCUGAAGAGGUUUCAACUGGUAUGUGAUUGUGGACAUUGGACAUGUGGUUUGGACUUUUGGAGCAUUGGAGUGGUUUCUAGUUGACAAAGUCAGGUCAUCCACCGCGAACCGAUAAAGAAAAUCCGUCUCACCUCCAGAACGUAGAAUUUUUUGAUUUUUACCGAUUUCUAACGUAGACCCGGAUUCAACCGGCAUGGAAUACCAGGGUGAAGAAGUUGCCGACUGUGAAGACGGAAAGGCGAUGGACGUCAAAGAAGGAGCCGACGUCGAAAUGACCGAGUCGCAGAACGACGAUCCGAACAAAACCGAACCGAAUCCAUUCUCCUACGUCGAAAAUUCAGCUUUCACGAGUGAAAAAUACAAAAUCGUCAUUAGAGGCUUGCCAAAAUAUUUCUCGAUAAAAGAUUUUCGCAAGUUUUUGAACGUGAAGCUCAAACUGAAUUGCAACAAGGUGAAAAUGAUGGGCAGGAUAGCCGGCAACGUGGCUUACGCUUGUUUCAGAUCCGAAGAGGAAAGGGAUAAAGGGUUGAAAGUUAUAAACGAAUCGACUUGGAAAAAACGAAAACUUAAUGCCAAGCUCUGUCAACCUGCUCCGGACCCAUACAUCACAAAAAGGCUUCUAUGUAAAGAAAUGAAAGAUGACUUAGACACUGUCGAGAAACAGAAGGAGGCCCUUUUGAAAAGUGUUUCACCGCUUUUUUCCAUACCUUACGAAGAGCAGCUUGAGUCAAAGGAAAAAUGUGCAAAGAAGGCAUUGCAUCAAUUAGGAAUCGCAUUGCAGAAGGAUGACAUAUUGAAGGAAUGGCUAAGUGAGCAAAAGGCGAACUGUGACGGCCUUCCUUGUAAAUUACUUGGAAUUCAAUCCUUAAAAGAUUUUACUGAACGUUACAGAAACAAGUGCGAGUUUUCAAUUGCGAGAAACGAGUUGACAGGCAAGAAGACAGUUGGCUUUAGGCUGGGCACCUAUGCAAGUGGGAGUGUGACAGUGGUUUCAGCCGAAGAUAUUAAGAUCAUUCCUAAUGUGAUGGUCCAAGCCACCAAAGCAUUUGAAAAAUUCAUCCGUCAAUCCAAAUACGAGCCGUACUCGCCAAAAACGCUUACAGGAAAUUGGAAAAUGCUGACUGUCCGUGUCGGGACGCAGACAGACGAACUGAUGCUGUUGGUCGGAUUCGACCCGCAAAAACUGUCAGACGAUGAAAUCAAAGAUGUGAAAGAGAAAAUAAAAGAAUUUUUUAGACAAGAAAGUGAAUGUCUGAAAGUAGAUUCAUUGUAUUUUAGAUUAAUGCCUAGGAACGAAAAAGGUCAAAAAGGUUAUUCACCAGAAUUACUUUAUGGAAAGACACACAUCGAAGAGAUUUUAUGCGGGCUUAGAUUCAGAAUUUCACCAGAAUCAUUUUUUCAAAUCAAUUCACGUUGUGCUGAAUUGUUGGUGAAGUGCAUCAAAGAUCUUGCUAAUAUUGAUAAGGAAACUAUUGUCGUGGAUGUUUACUGUGGGACUGGCACACUUGGCCUUUGCCUUGCAAACGAUUGUAAAGAAGUCUUUGGGAUAGAAGUACUAGAACAAGCUGUAAAAGAUGCCCAGGAAAAUGCGAAAAUGAACAAUAUUCAAAACAGCACAUUUUUCACUGGAAAGGCUGAUGAUAUUUUAACGUCGGUUUUAAAAAAAGCAAACGAGGAUGCAAAAGUCGUCGCUAUUGUUGAUCCUCCGAGAGCUGGUUUACAUAAAUACGCUGUUCAAAAACUAAGGAGUGCCAAAAACCUUCAAAGAUUUGUAUAUUUGGCCUGCGAUGCUAAGUCUGCAUUGAACAACUUCACAGAACUGGGUCGCGCACCGUCAAAGACAUUGCUGGGAGAUCCGUUUGUGCCUGUUGCCGCAAUCCCAGUCGACAUGUUUCCGAUGACCAAUCAUUAUGAAUUAAUUAUUUUUUUUGAACGAUUGCCUUCAAAAAAUGCUUCUUGAUUUUUUAGCACAAUUUUUAUCACUGAAUUUAAAUUAUGGAUAUCUUUUGUAAAUAUACUUAUAAUUUUAUUAAGACGAUAAAUAAUAAAAUAAAAACUUUAUAAAAACACAUUCAAUUACACUUUCAUAAAUUUAAACCUUAUAGAAUUUAUUUUAAUGGAUUUAUGAUUUUGAUCAAACAAUAUGGGUAAAUUACAAUCAACUGUUCGUCAGACUGGUAGACAUUUUAUUUCUUACAGCUCAAACUCAAAAUAAAAAUUAUAUAUAAAGUAAAAAGUUAAAAUAAGCUAUAAAUAUAGGAGCACCACUUGCCCAUGAAAAGCAGGUCCGGUAAAAAUCCAUAUGGAAAAGUGGGCCAUUCUCAAUCCUUGGAGAGGAUAUCCAUUCCAUUGUUAAGCAACUUCCAACCGAAGGAUAGUAAGAUAAUUUUUCUUCGAAGCUCGAACUUUAAGUUUGGGCAGAGAGAAUAGUCUUCAUCCGAUUUUUGAGUACUUCAGUAUAAUUCCUGGAGGAAAUAAAGAGCUUGGUUCUGAAUCUUUUACAGACGUCUUAUGCAGACUUUGUUAGAUACGUACAAUCAUGUUACAUUUUCUCCAGUACAUUGAAUAUAAAGUUGAAUUUUAGA